ACCACAGGUGGCCUUCCUUCCAGUGUACAACUCGCAGAGCCGGAAAGCCUCUUGGCUUUGGAAACCUGCUUUUGGAUCUAACAAUUCCUUGAGAAGAGAAUAAGCACUCCCAGCAGCACGAUGAUGCUGGACUCGGUAAGCCACAAUACCUUCUUGCCAAACACAAUGCUAUGUGAAUCCCUGAUGUCUUGGUCAGAACUGUUUGGAGCACCUGAAGAAAACUACCCUCCAUUUGAUCACCUAACAGGUUCUGAUUCUUCCUGGACAUCUGUUCACCCCGAAUACUGGACAAGAAACAACGUAUGCGAGUGGCUACAAUUUUGUUGUGAUCAAUACAAACUGGAUGCCAACUGUAUUUCAUUUUCCCACUUUAACAUCAAUGGCCAACAACUGUGUGGCAUGACCCAAGAGGAGUUUCUAAAUGCUGCAGGCAUUUGUGGUGAAUACCUGUAUUUCAUCCUACAAAACAUCAAGGCUCAUGGUGUCUCCUUCUUUCAUGACAAUGAAGAUACAAAGUCAUCUGAAAAAGAUUAUAUUGAUAAGGCAUGUUUGAGGACAGGUGGCAUCAAGAGCCAAGAGUUUCAAAGUCACAGCAGAACAAGUCUACAGAGCUCUCACUUGUGGGAAUUUGUAAGAGACCUCCUCCUGUCUCCUGAGGAGAACAGUGGUAUUCUGGAAUGGGAAGACAGAGACCAAGGCAUCUUUCGAGUUGUUAAAUCAGAUGCUCUAGCAAAGAUGUGGGGGCAAAGAAAGAAAAACGAUAGAAUGACCUACGAAAAACUAAGCAGAGCACUCAGAUACUAUUAUAAAACUGGUAUUUUGGAACGAGUGGACAGGAGGUUAGUGUACAAGUUUGGAAAGAACGCACACGGAUGGCAAGAGAGCAAGCUAUGAAAUACCCUUUUGCUUCAGACUCACUGUCAAAUACACAACGUGACGUCACCGAGGGAAGCUCUUUGCAGGACCUCCCUAGAUUCAUAACUGGAUAAUAGACUUUGAGGAUUGUAUUGGGGAAUUCACUGUUCUCCAUAUUUUUUGGACUAGCAUCAUCAAAUGCUUGACACUUAUCAAAAUAACACCCAAAAACUGCUCUGUAGACUUAUACCACAGUCUGGGGCUAUAUAUGUAGCAUUGUUCCCAAUGCCAAGAAGAGCAGCAGUUUGCCAGUCAGGGCUCCGCAGAGCAUCUUCUCAACUGUGCAGGAAUUUGUAAUUCACAUUUAUGUGGUGAGAUCAAUGAGGCAGCAAGAAAGUAGAAAGCCUGCAGCAUGCGGCAAAUGCAGUUACACCAGAAAAUGUGAAGAAGUUAUGUGAAGAAGGGACACCAUAUUUCCAACCUAUCCAAGUCAAUAAGAAAGUACAAUGAACUUAGCUAUAUAAUAGAUUCCCUCGCUUAAUCCACAGUUCUCUCACUUAAAAAUAAAACCAAACCCAUAGAUUUCAAAAGAACACAUGCUUGAAAACUAAUUUCAAAA